UGUCCGCACUUUCUGUGUCGAAUUAAUUAUGUAUUGUCAAUGAAAAAACAUUUGAAAAAACAUCUAAAUAUGUUAAACCGAGUGUACAAUAAUGUGCCCGUGUUGUGGGAAUAAACACUGUGUAAAAGUUCAAUAAAUAAAUAAGUGAUUAAUCAAAACACAAAAAAGCAUAUCCAAUCUUCUAGACACCAUCUCUAUAUAUAUUGGCCAAGAGGUAUUCCCGCGAUGUCCACACCGCUCGUCGACAAUCCCCUCAAUCCCUUUUGACACCGAUCCGGAAGCCAAGGAUGAAAACCAUCAUCAUCAUCACUGACUUCGUCAUCGAUUCGAUGAUGAACUAGAAGACUGAUCUUCAUCUUCAUCUUCGAGAUGACGAAGAAGUUGGAGUUCAACUGGCACAUACCAGUGCCAGAUGCUCUUCUCAAGGGAGAUGUCUUCGAUAGAUGGACGGAGGAUAAGGACAGCACGGAUUUGGAGCUGAAUUGCACCUUCAAGGUGGACGAGUAUGGGUUCUUCAUCUAUUGGAAGAGCGAAGGAAGGGAAGGGGACGUCAUCGAGUUGUGCCAAGUCAGCGACAUCAGGGCGGGUGGUGUGCCGAAGGAGCCUAAUUCGAAGUUGACAAAUCAACUCCUGGCAAAGCAUGGAGAUUUGGCAUCUCUGGAAGAGAAGUCUUUGACAAUUUGCAGCGGAACAGAUUACAUCAACAUCAACUAUCAGCAUGUGAUAUGCACAGAUGCUGAAACUGCCAAGAUAUGGCUGGAUGGGCUGAGAAAUAUCACACACAAUGUCAAGGCGAACAACUGUUGUCCGAUGACUUGUCUAAAAAAACAUUGGAUGCGUCUAGGUUUUCUGGUUGAUCCUAAAGGCAAGGUUCCUGUGAAGGUGGUGGCUAGAACUUUUGCCUCAGGAAAGACGGAGAAGCUAGUCUAUCAGUGCCUGUCCGAACUGGGAUUGCCUUCAGGCAAGAACGAUACCAUGGAGAGGGAAGAUUUUACCUUCGAUAAAUUUUAUGCCCUGUACCAUAAAAUUUGUCCAAGGAAUGAUAUUGAGGAACUUUUUAGACAAAUUACCCAAGGAAAGGCGGAUGCUAUCAGCCUGGAACAGUUCAUAAAUUUCCUGAAUGAGAAACAACGUGAUCCGCGUUUAAACGAGAUUUUAUAUCCGCUUUAUGACGAGAAACGAGCUUCAGAAAUUAUAGUUACAUAUGAACAGGACGAACAAGCAAGAGCUGAGAAAAAAUUGACCAAAGACGGAUUGAUCCGUUAUUUAAUGAGCGACGAGAAUGCACCCGUAUUCCUGGACAGAUUAGACUUUUACAUGGACAUGGAGCAGCCACUCUCUCACUACUACAUCAACUCAUCUCACAACACUUAUCUGUCUGGCAGACAAUUUGGUGGUAAGAGCAGUGUGGAAAUGUACCGACAGGUUCUUCUAGCUGGUUGCAGGUGUGUGGAACUUGAUUGCUGGGAUGGUCGAGGGGAAGAUGAAGAACCAAUAAUUACCCAUGGUUUGGCAAUGUGUACGGAUAUUCUAUUCAAGGAUGUCAUUUAUGCCUUGAGAGAUACUGCUUUUGUCACGAGCGAUUAUCCUGUGAUACUCUCUUUCGAAAACCACUGCUGUAAGGCUCAGCAAUACAAACUAGCUAAAUACUGUGAUGAAAUUCUUGGAGACCUCCUGUUAAAGGAACCUCUACCAGAUUACCCACUUGAACCUGGUCAGUUACUUCCUCCUCCGUCUAUGCUUAAACGAAAAAUCUUGAUAAAAAACAAACGCCUAAAACCAGAAGUUGAGAAAGUAGAAUUAGACCUCUUUAAACAAGGUGAGUUUGUGAUAGGCGAAGAAGAAAAGGAGGACGCAUCUGCUAUGAUCAAAGAAGUGCCAAAUUUGACUGAGCCGAUACCUGCGGAUCCAGUAGCUGCCGUUGCUGAUGAAGUAGGAGACGUCGCACCUCCAAUUCAAUAUACAGGAUCCACGACUAAUGUUCAUCCUUGGUUGUCGUCCAUGGUAAACUACGCGCAACCUGUGAAAUUUCAAGGAUUUGAUGUUGCAGAGCAAAACAAUAUACAUUAUAACAUGAGUUCCUUUGCGGAGACUGCUGGUAUGAAUUAUUUGAAACAACAAGCAAUCGAUUUUGUCAAUUACAACAAACGACAAAUGUCCAGGAUAUACCCCAAAGGCACCAGGGCUGAUUCUUCCAACUACAUGCCACAGAUUUUCUGGAAUGCAGGUUGUCAAAUGGUGUCUUUGAAUUUCCAAACAUCGGAUCUACCAAUGCAGUUAAAUCAAGGUAAAUUUGAAUACAAUGGUAAUUGUGGAUAUCUUUUAAAACCUGACUUCAUGAGGAGAGCUGACAGAAGUUUUGAUCCAUUUGCCGAUGCUCCUGUUGAUGGAGUUAUUGCUGCUCAAUGUGCAGUUCAGGUGAUAGCUGGUCAAUUCUUGUCAGAUAAGAAAGUAGGAACCUAUGUAGAAGUUGACAUGUAUGGUUUGCCAACUGAUACAAUAAAAAAGGAAUUCAGAACUCGCAUGGUUCCAGCAAAUGGUUUAAAUCCUGUCUACAACGAAGAACCAUUCUUAUUUCGCAAGGUUGUUUUACCGGAUUUGGCAGUUUUACGUUUUGGUGUCUAUGAUGAGAAUGGAAAGUUGCUAGGGCAAAGGAUUUUACCGCUUGAUGGUUUACAAGCUGGUUAUCGACAUAUAUCUUUGAGGACUGAAGCUAACUUUCCAAUGUCUUUGCCCAUGUUGUUUUGUAAUAUAGAGUUGAAGAUUUAUGUACCUGAUGGAUUUGAAGAUUUUAUGGCAGCAUUGUCAGACCCUAGAGGAUUUUUGGGCGCAGCAGACAAGAGAAUGGAUAAUAUGAAGAACUUGGGUAUAGAGGAUACAAGUGGACAAGGUGAUUGCAAGGAAGAGAAAAAGGAAGCCAAGAAGGAAGAGCCUCCACUGGUCUUUGAACCGAUAACAGUGGACUCGUUACGAUAUGAGAAAGGCUUCCAGAAGACGGCCAAAAAGCAACAGAAAGACUUGGAGUCAUUGAGAAAGAAACACAUGAAGGAAAAAAAUGCCAUGCAAAAGGCUCAAUGCAACGCCAUCGAGAAGCUGAUCAAAAACAGGAAGUACGAAUUAAAAUUAUUAAUGGUCGAUUUCAGAGGUGACAUGUGCCAAGAUCCUCUUGUCCGGCAGCUGGUCUCAGAGCAGACCCAGCAAUGGAGCGAACUGGCCGAGAGGCACCAUCGCGAGGAGUGGAAUCUGCUCAAGACCCAACUGGCUGAUCAGCAGGACGUGCUCAAGAGGCUGAUGGAGGCCGCCCAGUUAGCGCAAAUGAAGCAGCUCGAAGCAAAACACGAGAGAGAGGUGAAGGAGAUGAACUCGAGGCAGGCGAAGGCUUCGGUGGAGACGUCGAAGGAGGUCGCCAACGAUAAGACGCUGAAGACAAAAGGGGAGAAGGACAGGAGACUGAGGGAGAAGAAGCAGAACAAUAUCAAGAAGUUUAUGGACGAGAAAAAGACUGCUGCUAUGAAACAAAAUCGAGAAAGAGAAAAAUUGAAAGUGACACACGAUAAGCAAAUGGAGGACCUAUCCAGUGAUGUACAAAAGUUAAUCGAAAUGUACAAAGUGGAAGAAUCAGAAUACGAACUGAGUUCGAAAAGUGAAUUUUACGCGUAAAACAAUUUAUUUUACUCAACCCAUGUCUGCCUGAAUGCUAUUUAAAGUUUAUGUAUAUUUUUAUUUAAUGUAAUGUAUUUGUUGUAACUUUUAAUCGGUUUAUUUGUGCAUAAUUAAAUUGUCUACAAUAUUGUCAAUUAUUAUACAUUACCACGAAAUAUUUAUUAAUUGCAAUAGUAAAUGAAGAUAAGAUUGCACUAAGAUUGCUCAUAGUUCUAUGAAGUUUACACGUACUAUAAAUAGUUUAUCAGGUUAAUAUGGGUUGAUAUUUUUGAGUUUUCUUUACCAAAGAAAUGGAUUGUUACAGACAAAAAAAAAUGGAAUUGCCAGAUUUUUUGAUAGAAAUUAAUUUCUGAAUCUCGGGAGCAAUUUUUAGAUUCAACAUGGUUGUCUUGUGUCUAUUAAUAAAUUAAUUAAUAAUUAAUGAUAAAUAUGAUCGUGAUGCACAUAGAUGUAAUUAUUAAUAAUUUGUUGUCUGUUAUGUAUUUUAUUAUUUAUUGUUUAAGAUAAAUGAAAGUGUGAAUGACGAAUGAACCAUGCUAUAUUAACUUUUAUUAGCCUUUCGGCGCACUUAUUUAUUAUUUAUCUCAUAACUUUCAUAUUGUACAUCUAA